GAUCCUCGCGGAUGCGGUUGUUGGCUUCGAGCUUCGAGAGCAAGUAGCACUGUUUUCUGUUCCGUAACCGUGAUGAGCUCGUAGUUGUGACGAAUACGACCGGGAGAUGUGGUGUCGCGUGCGGUAAAGGAGUGAGAUUGAAUUGGUGAACGCGAGACAACGAAGGGACCGCCGGUUCCCAUCGCCGUGAUCCUCGCUGGAGCGAGUGUGACGCGCCGCAGAGGGGAGGCAUGCCGCAGUUUCACAAGAUCGAGAUCAACAGGACGGAAUGGGAGGUACCGGAACGGUACCAGUUGCUCACUCCCGUGGGCUCGGGCGCUUACGGCCAAGUCUGUUCGGCGGUAGAUACAACUACUGGGCAAAAAGUGGCGAUCAAAAAGUUAGCUAGGCCAUUUCAAUCAGCUGUGCAUGCAAAACGCACGUACAGGGAGCUGCGUAUGCUAAAACAUAUGAAUCAUGAAAAUGUCAUAGGACUGUUAGAUGUAUUUCAUCCAUCUUCGUCUUUGGAAGAUUUUCAACAUGUAUACCUAGUCACACAUCUAAUGGGUGCCGAUCUGAAUAACAUUGUUAGAACGCAAAAACUUUCCGACGAUCACGUGCAAUUUCUCGUCUAUCAGAUCCUCCGCGGUUUGAAAUACAUCCAUUCUGCAGGAAUUAUACACAGGGACUUGAAGCCGUCUAAUAUAGCAGUUAACGAAGAUUGUGAACUGAAAAUACUGGACUUUGGUUUGGCCAGACCUACGGAAAAUGAAAUGACCGGCUAUGUUGCUACUAGAUGGUAUAGGGCACCUGAAAUUAUGCUUAAUUGGAUGCAUUACAAUCAAACAGUUGAUAUUUGGUCAGUGGGAUGCAUUAUGGCUGAAUUAUUAACUGGAAGAACACUAUUUCCUGGAACAGAUCACAUUGAUCACCUAACACGAGUGUUAGUACUCUGUGGGACACCCACAGAAGAAACAUUAAGCAAAAUUACUAGCCAAGAGGCCAGAAAUUAUAUUCAGAGUUUACCGCCAUUGAAGAAAAAAAAUUUCAAAGAUGUGUUUCGUGGAGCGAAUCCUUUAGCUAUUGAUCUACUAGAACUGAUGUUAGAAUUGGAUGCAGAAAAAAGGAUCACAGCGGAACAGGCUUUAGCGCAUGCAUAUCUUGCACAAUAUGCAGAUCCAACUGAUGAACCUGUUUCUUUACCGUACGAUCAGAGUUUUGAGGAUAUGGAUCUUCCAGUAGAGAAAUGGAAAGAACUUGUGUAUCAUGAGGUUGUCAACUUUGUCCCACAGCAGCUACCUACAUUGUCUUCGACAAUUGAAACGACUUCAUAAAAAUAGUCAUAAUGCCCAUAAUAUAGAUUUAAGCACAGUAAGAUACAAUAAUAUAAAUUAACAAUAGGUAAUCAUGAGUGAAGAAGAUAUACCUAUAUAUAUAUAUAUAUAUAUAUAUAUAUAUAUAUAUAUAUAUAUAUAUAUAUAGUUGUAUACAAAAAAUAGUGUAUAUAAUUUAUAAAUAACGUAGUAUAUUGUUGAUUAGUCGAGCUAAUCUGUCCAGAAAAUAGGAUAUAUAUUUGUGUCAAGGAGAAAAUUAAACCCACUUACUAUUUAAUUAUGUAAUUCAGUUAUCAAUUGAUUAUCAGGAAUGUCUGUUGCGCAACACUUUUGUUGUGUACAUUUUUUAACUAUUUUAUAGUACCAGUUUUUUCUUAAUCCAUGAAAGAGCAUAUAAUUUAAUUGAUUUUAUUAAAAUAAUCGAUUAUCAUCAAACAUAAAUUAUGAUGAACUUGCCAUAUAUAAUAUACAAUCCAAGUAUAUAGUAUCAGAUAUACAUGUAACUUUAGACUUAAACAUAUACAAUAAUGUAACAAUUGUAGUACUUAUUAUUUUUUAUUUAUGCUACUAAAUCAAAAAAAUAAUGCGAUAUAUUUCUAACUAUAAAUCCGCCCGUGUUUGCAACUUAACUGAUCGACCAAUAUUUGCUGAAAUCUAAAAAAAAAAAAAUAGAAAAUUCUUACUGCAAUGAAAAAAACAAAUUCUAGCAAUAAAGUGGAAUUGAAUAUACAAGGCAUUGUUAUAAAUUUCGAAUUGCAUUCUUGAUAAUAAUAAAGGAUGUAUUGCCAUAUAAGUAUAAGAUUAUAAAAUUUACGAAAGAAAUGUACAAUUUAUAUUUAUAUUGCUAAUGUGUGAUAGAAAAAAAAGAAAAUGUGAAGAUAUAUUUAAA